AAAGCUUGAGAAGAAGGCCGAGAGAGAGAGUCAGUCAGUCCCAGGGUGUUAAUGUCUUGUGCGUCACUCUGCUCUUCGUUCUUUGUUUCUUUAUAAACUUUUUGUAAAUUAAAAUUUUAUCAAUUUAUUUAUUUAAUAUGUUGAUAUUAUAUUCAUUUGUUGAAGGUGUGGGAGCAAAAUAUAAAUAGCGUUUGUUCUUCCAGCUUUAAUGGCGUGAGAGCGUGCAAAGGGAGAGUGUAUGUAUAUGUUUCUACGGUUUUUAAACAACCGCUGAGAUUGGGAAGAAGAAGAAUAGAGCAAACAUGAAGGAUGAUGAGGAGCUAGAAAUAUUGUUAGAUGAGAUCCCUCAUGCAACAUCAGAUAAUCAUCAUCAUCCUCAUCAUCAUCUGCAUCAACAACAUGAUAACAAUCAUGUAAAUGGGUCAUUUCAUGGCAUGUGUGGUCUUUUUUAUGAUUAUGACCCAUCAAGUUAUUACUAUAGGCAUACAUGUGCUUCCCCUGUAAGCGGUUUCUCUUUACAGUCUGAUGGUUCUUCCUCAAGUCUGUUUUCUAACAAUGGGCAGUCUUUAUCUGAGAAUGGAUCACCCACCCCACCUCCACUAGAAGACCUUAAGCCAUACUUGCCUAAUGGACUACUCAUGGAUUCAGCUAUUAGGAAAAAGGCUAGUAGUGACGGCUUGAUUGGUGAACUGGAUCUUUGGGGAAAUCUUAGUAAAAUGUAUAUUAGUAACGAUCAAGAGAAUGUUGCUUCUAGUUUUAGAGAUUUUUCACUCGAAUCCGAUGGGAUUCAACGUAAUGACCAAAUCAAUGUUGAGAAGCAUGGGGCUUGUAACAAACAGAGGAAGGGGUUUUCUGAUUUUGUGGGAAUUCAGUCCCCUGUUCCAAUGAGUGUUCCAUUGAGUUUUAAUGGUGGGACGAACAUGGCGUUUUCUGGAUUGUCCCGACAGGAAUAUAGGAUGAGUAAUUUAUUAGGGUCCCAAAUUUAUCCUGGUUGCCCGGAUGCUUUGAUUUCUCCGCAGGGAAUGAAUUGUUGGAAGAAAAAGGAGCAAGCAUUUAAUUAUCUCCAGAGACGAAAUUCUGUAUUGAAUUUAAGCACUUCCUUGAGUAAGCUUUCAGUGAAUGAUGCUUUAAUCUAUGGACAACGAAAUGGUCCUAGUUGGAAUGAAGAAAGGGGUGCGCUGAAUUUUCAUGGUUCUCCGAGGUUGAUUCAAGCAACCCCCCAUUUAAGUGUUGAAAAUCUGUUACAUCAUGGGUUGCCACUAUCCAAUGGGAUGGCUAGAGCACAUUCAAAUGUCAGAAUCCCACAUGGGGGUCUUGAGGCUUUUACUAAUGAGGAUAGUUUCAUUAUUCAGGGAGACGGUUUAAAUUAUGUGAUCAAUAAUGGGCUUGAUUGUUCAAGGGGGCAGAACAAUGGUUCUCCGCAGGAGAUUGGUGCGAGUAAGCGUCUAGAAAGAAGGUCACGGCUUGAUGGUUGGUCUCAAAUUGCAGCAGCUUGUGGAAAUGCUAAUAAUGCCAAGUUAUAUAGCCCAUUCUCUUUGCCACCUAAGUAUGACUCUUUGGCAGAAGCUCGUGGAUACAUAUACUUACUAGCAAAAGAUCAACAUGGAUGUAGGUUCUUACAGCGGCUAUUUGAUGAGGGUACCCAACAGGAUGUGCAAACAAUAUUUAAGGAGAUCAGUGAUCAUGUAGUUGAACUUAUGAUGAACCCUUUUGGGAAUUACCUCAUGCAGAAGUUAUUGGAAGUGUGUGAUGAAGAACAGAGAAUGCAGAUUCUGUUAAUGGUUACUGAGGAACCAGGGCAGCUUGUCAGAAUAUCUCUAAACACUCAUGGCACUCGUGUAGUUCAAAAGUUAAUUGAGACUCUCAAAACAAGGCAGCAAAUUUCACUCGUUAUAUCUGCCCUUGAGCCUGGGUUUCUAUCUCUCAUCAAGGACCUGAAUGGGAAUCAUGUUGUACAGCGUUGCUUGCAAUGUCUUAGCAGUGAAGAUAACAAGUUUAUUUUUGUUGCUGCUGCAAAGUAUUGUGUUGAUAUUGCAACUCAUCAACAUGGCUGUUGUGUUUUGCAACGAUGCAUUAGCCAUUCAACUGGGGAAUAUCAAGAAAAAUUGGUAGAAGAAAUAUCCACCAACGGGCUUCUACUUUCGCAGGAUGCAUAUGGAAAUUAUGUUGUUCAGUUUAUCUUGGAGUUAAAAAUCCCAUCUGCCCUUUCAACUUUGAUUUCUCAAUUUGAAGGGAAUUAUGUGCACCUCUCAUCACAGAAGUUCAGCAGUCAUGUGGUCGAAAAAUGUCUUGUGGUAUUAAAUGAUGAGAACCAAUCAAGAAUCAUUCAUGAAUUGCUCUCUGCAACUCCCUUUGAACAGUUGCUGCAAGAUCCACAUGCAAACUAUGUUGUGCAAACAGCUCUCCGUGUGUCUGAGGGACCUCUGCACAAUUCACUCGUUGAGGCAAUUGAGUCCCAUAGAGCAAUUUCACGCAACAGCCCAUAUUCCAAGAGGAUUUUCUCUCAGAAGCUUCUGAAGAAGUAAUGUACAUUUUCUGUCUCCGAAGGAAGCCGUGUUGUUGUUUUUUUUGUGUCUCUAUUAGCGUUGUUUUUUAUUUUACGGUCACUAAAAUUAUCAUCUAUGUAUAUGGUAACUGGAUUUAACCAUAAAGGCUAUUGCCUAUAACUAGAGGAAGAGUUUUUAUCUUCUCGAAGUGCACGAAAAUCCCUUCCAUGCGCUCAGAAGAGUGUAAAAAGAUAAAGCAAUUUUGCUCUAAGUUGCUAAAAAUUUGCACAUGCUUCUGUUGUCUUGUUGAUCUCUAUGCAGUGGAUGUUACCAUCCUUAUUUACUUUGCAAUUCUCACGGUAUAAAGUUAUUGUACAGUGUAUAAAAUGUUAGGGUUUUGA